AUGGGCAAUCUGAUAAAGGUAUUGGGCAAAGAUUUAGAGAACUGUCCCCAUUUUUUCCUGGAUUUUGAAAACGCUCAGCCCACAGAGGCUGAGACAGCUGUGUGGAACCAGGUGAACGCCGUCCUGGAGGAGGCGCAGGCGAUCCUGGCUGAACUGCAGUCCUACGCGGGAGCAGGCCAAGAGAUCCGAGAGGCCAUCCAGAGCCCGGGUGACCUGCAGCUCCAAGAGAAGGCGUGGAAGGCGGUGUGCCCCCUGGUGGCCAAGCUGAAGCGCUUCUACGAGUUCUCCCUCAGGCUUGAGAACGCCUUGCGGAGCUUGCUGGAAGCUCUCACCAGCCCGCCCUACGCACCGACCCAGCACCUGGAGAGGGAGCAGGCCCUGGCCAAGCAGUUCGCCGAAAUCCUGCACUUCACCCUCAGUUUCGAUGAGCUGAAGAUGACCAACCCCGCCAUCCAGAACGAUUUCAGCUACUACAGAAGAACUAUCAGUCGAAACCGAAUCAACAACCUGCAGCUGGAUGCUGAAAGCGAGGUCAACAACGAGAUGGCCAACCGGAUGUCCCUCUUCUAUGCAGAGGCCACACCGAUGCUGAAGACGCUGAGCAAUGCCACCACCAAGUUUGUUUCCGAGAACAAAACUCUCCCGAUCGAGGACACAACCGACUGCUUAAGCACCAUGGCCUGCGUCUGCCGGGUGAUGCUCGAGACCCCGGAAUACCGGAGCCGAUUCACCAACACCGAGACGCUCCUCUUCUGCAUGCGUGUGAUGGUGGGCGUCAUCAUCCUCUAUGACCACGUCCACCCUGUGGGGGCUUUUGCCAAGACCUCCAAAAUCGAUAUGAAGGGGUGCAUCAAGGUGCUGAAGGAGCAGCCCUCCAGCAGCACCGAGGGCCUCCUGAACGCGCUGAGGUACACCACCCGGCACCUCAACGACGAUACCACGUCCAAGCAGAUCCGGGCGCUGCUGCAGUGA